AUGGCGUCGGUCUCGCCACCAAAACCGUGGGAAAGAGCGGGCGCAGCGGGAAACUCUUUGUCCACAACACCCACCGCCAGCAGCCCUGCCACCUCGUCCGCGAUGACUCCCACCUCCGCUUCGGCGGCCAACCCCACCGCAACAUCCGCAACCGCAACCACUUCCACCGCCCCCGAUCUUCCCUCCCGCCCCAGCGCCCUUAACUCGGUCGUCAACACCACAGCCUCUAACUAUUCGCCGUACGGAGCCUCACGGUUCGGCGCCAGUCCCUAUGGAGGAUAUGGCGGGUACGGUGGAUAUUCAUCACCGUACUCGCGCUUCGGCUCCAUGGGUUCGAUGGGCUCGAUGUACGGCGGGUACGGAGGCAUGUAUGGCGGCAUGGGUGGUAUGGGUGGCAUGGGCGGGAUGUAUGGCGGCAUGCCUGGGCAGGAUCCCAAUGACCCCAACAGCUUGACCAACUCGUUCAGCCAAAGUACCCAGGCUACGUUCCAGAUGAUCGAAAGCAUCGUCGGCGCGUUUGGUGGCUUUGCUCAAAUGUUAGAGAGCACUUAUAUGGCCACUCAUAGUUCUUUCUUUGCUAUGGUCUCGGUCGCAGAGCAGUUUGGAAACCUGCGCAACACACUCGGCUCGGCCCUGGGCAUUUUCGCCAUCAUCCGGUGGUUCCGCACAUUGAUUGCUAAGCUCACUGGGCGUCCUGCCCCUGCCGAUGCCACGGCGUUGACGCCGGCAGCCUUUGCCUCUUUUAUGGGCGGCCGGUCUGCCCCCUCCACUCUUCCGGACGGCUCUCCGGCACCGGCGAAGCCGUCGAAGAAGCCAUUUUUCAUGUUCCUGGUCGCCGUGUUCGGUCUCCCAUACCUGAUGGGCAAGCUUAUCAAAGCGCUGGCCCGGUCACAAGAGGCAGAGGCGCUUCGCCGCCAGCAGCUCGUUGGCCCCAACGGCGAACAGUCCACCGCCCUGGACCCGUCCAAGCUGGACUUCUGCCGCGUCCUGUACGACUACUCUCCGGAGACGCAGGAGAGCAAUGGCAUCGACCUGGCCGUCAAGAAGGGCGACAUUGUCGCCGUGCUCAGCAAAUCCGACCCCAUGGGCAAUGCGUCGGAGUGGUGGCGCUGCCGUGCUCGUGACGGGCGCGUUGGCUACCUCCCGGGCCCAUACCUGGAGACUAUCCAGCGACGACCUACUCAGCAAGCCAUCACAGGAGGCAGUGAGCCGGCUACUCGCACCGGCACGAUGAAGAGCGAAACUGCCCACGACCGCUCGCAGAGCCUGUCGUCGCUGUCGAAACCCGAGGAGAAACCCGAGAUCAAGGGCAAGAUCGGUGACAUUUCGCCCGAGAGCUUCCAGAAGAGCACUUUCUACUCGUGA